UUUCACAGAUACGUAAUAGCGGUUUUACUGGACCACGUGGAAGCCGGGUUUCCUUAUAUCUCCGAUGUGGCAACUUACGCACCGGAGAGCUGCAUAUUUGCACAAUUUAUCAACAUGCUCGCGAUGUUGUUGUCGUUCGUGAUUUAUAUAAGGUACUCUCAGGUGAACGAGUGCUUGAGUAAUUUCAGUCUUCAGGCAUCCCUGCCGAAAUGGAAUCAUUGGGCUUUAAUCUUUGGCCUAACGUCGACCUUCGGCCUCUCCGUCGUCGCGAAUUUCCAAGAAACUUCCGUGAUCGUCGUUCAUUUCAUCGGGGCUCUCCUCUGUUUCGGGUUCGGUACCGCGUAUUUUUGGACACAGGUACGCAGAGGCGCCGGUGGUUACGUGAACUUCCUCUCGUACAGAUACCGUGACUACCGCGAACCACUUUUAGACGAAGUCGCACCGCUGGUGGUGACCACGCCACCGGCCGCUCGCCACGUCGACGAGACAGCCGACGCCCUCUGCCCGGUGCAAAUACACGUGCACGACCCAACAACGCCGAGCAUGGAAACCAGCAGACGGAGAGCAGGCGUUAAAUGCGAAGAAAAAUGGGGCGAGGAACAAUCGAGGAAUUGGAUCGACCUUGACGAGAACGUUUUAGACGGUUACAUGUUAAUCGACGAUCUCUGCCUGGAAUCGAACGUCGUACCAGACGAAGCUCGCGAACUUCCUUAUCCAAAAGGAGUCGACGAAGACGAAGACAACCACGAGUCGUCGAGCUACGCCGAUUUUAGACUAGAAGACUCGAGACCUCGAGAGGACUUCGACUUAAGCACGACUUACCCAAUGGCGAACAGCCACGGUAACGCCUACAAAGAAUUAAGCGAUCAUUCCAGGUACAGUGAAUUAUAUUCCGAACUAGCUAUUAAAAAUUUCCUCGAGAUCAAUCGCGAGGACAUGGGCAACUAUUCCGUGGCCAACAGCCACGGUGACCUAAGCGCAUCAUCAGAAAACAGAGAAAGAAUGUUAAGAGGAAACAUGGAGGCUGACCAAUCAGCUUGGGACGCCAGGCAUCAGCAGACGUCUUACGAAGUAGCUAAUAGUCACAGUAACUACCGGGUGUUCUACGAUAGUCAGUCGCAGCAGAAUUUAUUACAAGGUUGGCCGACGGAUUGGAUGGAUCGUCACGUGUCAGAGAACGAAAUACAAAAAUCAGACAAUCCUAAAAACGACGAUGAUCAAUCAGCAAAAAGCAGUCGUUCAGAGGUGAGAAUCGAUCCUACUUCAGAACAAGCCUGUGACAUUGAACAAUGUCUCGUUCAAAUUGAAGAGAGUCUUCUGAACAUCGAACAGAAUCUGCUCCACGUGCAGGACCUCGACAUACCAGAGCUGAGGAACCUUCUGUACAGAAGUCCGAGCAUAGAAAGAAGCCUGUUCGAGGUGCAGGACCUCCUCUACGCUGACGCCAUUGUUCCAGUAAUAAACAAAAUUAAAUCAUCCACCGAGAACGAAGAAGAAGAAGAAGACGAAGAAGAAGAAGAAGAAGAGGAAAUGUGGACAGAUCGUCAAAUAAUCGUCAAGGGCGACGAUAAUGAAGACGACGCCGGCGCUGGGGCGUUCAAUGUAUCCAAUGAGGAAUCCGACGUCGCCACUGUAGACGAAAACAACCAAUCAGGAUCGCUGAGUAAUCAAUCGAACACCGACUGCACCGACGGCUUCUCUACCGUCUUCAGGGAAGACGCAGCUGACUCGAAUUACAACGAGAAACCUAUGAAUUUCAUUCCAAAUAGUUUAAACAAAACCUUGCCGAGGAGAAUCGUCCUUGACGGUACCAAAGAGAACAUCAGGCUCUGUUCGUCGCAGCCGGACGAAUCAACGAUCGACUACAAUCUGAACACCACGUGCGCUGAUAAGAAACUGUUCUGUCGCGAUAAAUGUCACAGUAGGUCGAAUUCAUUAGAUGAGAACUCGACGUUCUCCAAUUUGGAAUCCAGCGACAAAGCCGCGAAGAGUUCUUUACAAAAUUUGCUGUUCGAAUCGACGAACAACAACUUCGUAGACCUCCACGGGAAGGCAAGGUCAGAAGAAACAUUGCGGACAUCACAGAAUCCGAAAGCGAAUAGGAAAGCUUCGAACAAGAAACGUUGGACCAUCAUGGAUACAAGAACCGAGGAUUUCCGUAAGAAACUCGAAUUAAUUUCAAGCAACCGACGAUUUGGAAUAACAAACAUGAACGAUCAAAGAAAACCGAGGAUGUCUAGAGAGUCCAUGACGACUCGUCCGCGUGAAAAAUCGCCCAACAGAACGAAACGCACGGCGUCCACAGACAAAAUACAAGACAAGGAUAAAGAGCUCGGGAAAAGCUCUGAUAAAAGGAAGAGGAAAAAAUUAGGCAACAAGAGCCAAGGUUCUUCAGAUGAUGCACUGGUUCCUAGCAAACUGAUCUCCCUCUCGUUGUCUCUUCUCCUCGCGGCGUUGUUACAAGCGGUCAGGUGCCUGACGGACUUAGUAGAGGACGCGUUCAGGUCCGUCAGCUACGACAGAAACGGCCUAUUGCAAUGAAACGAUUUUAAUCCGGCCCAUCGUCCACAAUGGCAACGUUAGAUGGCACUAAUCAUUUAUCGUCGCAUUUAAUUGAUUAAUUUUAAAAAUCGCUUACCAUCAUCCAAGACCAGAUUUUUGCGAUGUUAGAAAGUCUUCUAAAUGUGAUUGAAGUUUUAACCCUUUCGCUACGGCAGUCCGUUCCGCGGGAUCACUUUAUAUUCUUUUUUUUUUUUAGAUACAGGUAGCCCUUCUUCAACACGGUUUCGCUAUAACACGAUUCGUAAAUUGCGCGAACCCUCCUACAACACGGCAUCCUAUAACACAUCCCCAAGGGAUUAACGCAUCCCCACUUAUGCUUCGGUUCAGGGCCGUGUCUUGCUGGCUCUAAACUGUACAUCUUGCAUUCUAUUGAUUGU